UAAAGAGUACCCGGUUGUUCCCAGGAGCACAGUGAGACAAAAAGUGUCCUCGAAUCACAGCCCCUUCAGUGGCGAGACCAGGGUCCUUUCUGCCUCUUCCAACCUGGGCUCCCAGUACCAGUGCGAGAAUGGGGUGUCGAGCACCUCCCAGGACCUGCUACCGCCUGCCAACCCCUACCCGAUCUCCCAGGAGCACAGCCAGAUCUACCACUGCACCAAGAGAAAAGAUGAGGAAUGUUCCACCACCGAGCAUCCUUACAAGAAGCCCUACAUGGAAACCUCUCCAGCAGAAGAGGACCCUUUCUACAGGUCCAGUUAUCCCCAGCAGCAGGGACUGAACACCUCAUACAGGACUGAAUCAGCCCAGCGCCAAGCAUGUAUGUAUGCCAGCUCCGCUCCCCCCACGGACCCCGUGCCCAGCCUGGAAGACAUCAGCUGUAACACGUGGCCGAGCGUGCCGUCCUACAGCAGUUGCACAGUGUCUGCCACAGACAGGUUACCCUACCAACAUUUCUCUGCCCACUUCACCUCGGGGCCGCUCAUGCCCCGGCUCAGCAGUGUGGCCAACCAUACCUCCCCUCAACUAGGCGAUACCCAUAGCAUGUUCCAGCACCAAACUUCGGUUUCUCACCAACCCAUCGUCCGGCAGUGUGGACCUCAAACGGGCAUCCAGUCCCCCCCUAGCAGCUUACAGCCCGCAGAGUUCCUCUAUUCCCACGGCGUGCCUCGAACCCUUUCACCCCACCAGUACCACUCGGUCCACGGCGUGGGUAUGGUACCAGAGUGGAGCGAGAACAGCUAACGAGGCGGUUGA